CCAGAAUUGCCAGGACUCAGGAAGAAGCCGAGGCAACAAGUCUAUCCUCUGAAAUGUCAUCUUGGCUUAAGAACCUGCUCCAGUAUCGUGGGCUUUUUAUGCUCAUAUUUGUGUUGGGAAUAGGAGGAACUUUUCAGUACGGAUUCCAUAUAUCUGUUCUAAACUCUCCCUCUCGGUUUGUAAAGACAUUCAUCAAUGGCACAUGGAUACAUCGAUACCAGCUACCAAUAACUGAGAGCAGCCUUAGAUUAUUAUGGUCCUUCAUUGUGUCAAGUUACUGCAUUGGUGGCUUACUGGGAUCUUUGGGAACUGGAUAUUUAGUUUCCAGAUAUGGGAAGAAGAAAUGUCUGCUAUGCAGUGACCUGAUUCCUUUUGUUGGAGCUCUGCUAGUUGGUCUCAGUUCCACUGCCAGGUCUUUUGAGAUGAUUCUUCUGGCUCGUUUUUUGUAUGGCAUUAAUGCAGGAUUCGGCCUCAACAUCCACUCUCAGUAUGCAGGGGAAAUAGCUGACAAAAAAACGCGUGGCUUUACUAACACCAGUAUCUCCAUAUUUGUGACAACCGGGAAACUGACUGGACAAAUUCUUGGGCUCAGGGAGAUUCUAGGUAUUGAAUCAAUGUGGCCUCUCCUCUUGUCUGCCAGUGGAUUCUGUGCACUGGCCCAAUUGCUUACCUUGCCAUUCUUUCCUGAGUCACCACCAUACCUUCUGAUGGAAAAACAAGACAAGGAAGGUUGUAUGCAAGCCCUGAAACAGCUCUGGGGAGACCGAGACCACCAGAAGGAGAUUGAUGAAAUGUUAAGGGAGCAAGCAGCUCGCAGAAGUGGGCGGAGCUUGGGUGUCCUGGAACUACUGAAAGAGCGCUCCAUGCGCUGGCAGCUUUAUAUGCUCCUUGCCUUGACAAUAACUUUGCAGCUGUGCGGGAUCAAUGCGAUUUAUUUUUAUUCUGUUGAAGUUUUUAAAGCUGCUGGCUUUCAUGAGGCACAAAUUCCCUACCUGACAAUUGGUGUAGGAGUGUGUGAGUCCACAUCAGUAAUUCUAUGUAGUCUGGUGGUUGAUCGCUUUGGCAGAAGAGUUUUGCUGCUGUCUGGCUAUGCAUCAAUGGUCUUAGCUUUGGGGCUUCUAACUCUGACAAUCUCACUGCAGACUAUGUACACUUGGAUGCCUUACUGCAGUGUGAUUGUGAUCUUCAUAUAUACUCUCUCAUUUGGAGCAGGGCCAGGAGCAACCACUAUGACUAUCAAUGUGGAAAUAUUUUCUCAGGAAGCUCGAGCAGCAGCACUUGUCAUUGUGGGCGUGAUAAACUGGUUAGGCCUGGCUAUCAUCGGCAUGGUAUUUCCUUUCAUAGUGGCUACCAUCGAGCAGUAUUGUUUCCUUACAUUCCUCACCAUCAUAACAAUCUGUGGGUUGUUUCUAUACUUUUACCUCCCAGAAACAAAAGGAAAAUCAGCACUGGAGAUAAGAGAGGACUUCAACAAAUACAACUACAGAAAACCACCUAGCAAAGAUCGCACUCCUGAGAUUUAUGUAAUAUCUACCAGACUCUAGCUUCACAAAGCUUCAAACAUCUGUACCACAAACUGUUUUUGGUCAAGG